AGGAAGUUCCAACACAGUACACUUGGAAAUACGUUGUGCUCGGAGGCUUAAUAUCCCUCGUUGGCAUUUUCUUCACAGACUAAGUCAAACUGUAGGAUUUGGGUCGAUAGAGUAUUAUAUUUUAGGCAGAAAUAAACCGCAUAGUUGUUACUCUGUACCUCCGGUCUGUUCUAGUAUGCAUUACUAUCGUUUAUGUUAGCUGGCUAGCUAACAAGCCAGCUAACAGCCAAGGUUGUUUUGAUUAUUAAUGUGAAAAUUAACGCUACAUCGACGGUGUCUAAACUCCGUGUUUGGCGCUUAAACACCGAGUGUUGUUUUCCAUUAAGCCUGAUGUAAUAAGGAAAUCUUUGUAUGUGUCGGAUUCCAUGAGGCAAAAGAUAAUAGUCCACGGAAAUCGUGGGUAGUGCACCAGUUAACUGGUUAGCUAACGUCAAACGGCGCUCGACUAGCUUUCGCUACCACUCACAGGGACCGUCUGGUUUGUCCCUUGCCCCGAGCAGUGGACAUCUGACGAGCUUAAAAAGCUCUCUUUGAAGUGGAUCCAAUGCGUGGGAUGAUGGGGACUCAGAGUAGUCCUGUCAAGAGUUACGAUUAUCUACUAAAAUUUCUGCUGGUGGGAGACAGCGAUGUCGGGAAGGGAGAAAUCUUAGACAGUUUGCAGGACGGAUCAGUGGAGUCUCCUUAUGCGUACAGCAGUGGGAUUGAUUACAAGACCACCACUAUUCUGCUGGAUGGGAGAAGAGUGAAGCUGGAGUUAUGGGACACAUCAGGACAAGGCAGAUUCUGCACCAUCUUCAGGUCUUACUCUCGUGGAGCACAGGGUAUUCUGCUUGUGUACGACAUCACUAAUGGCUGGUCUUUUGAUGGCAUUGACCGAUGGAUCCGGGAAAUUGAUGAGCAUGCCCCAGGUGUGCCUAGGAUCCUCGUGGGAAACCGGCUUCACCUGGCUUUCAAGCGGCAGGUGCCAACAGAGCAGGCGAGGGCUUAUGCAGAAAGGAACAGCAUGACGUUUUUUGAGGUCAGUCCGCUGUGCAACUUCAACGUCAUUGAGUCCUUCACAGAGCUUUCACGCAUCGUGUUGAUGAGGCACGGGAUGGAAAAAUUCUGGAGGCCCAAUAGAGUCUUCAGCCUCCAAGAUCUGUGCUGCCGUUCGAUCGUCUCCUGCACUCCGGUGCACCUCAUCGACAAACUGCCCCUUCCUGUGGCCAUCAAGUCCCACCUCAAAUCUUUCUCCAUGGCCAACGGCAUGAAUGCAGUCAUGAUGCACGGACGUUCUUACUCGGUGGCCAACAGCGCAGCAUCAGGCAGCAGCAGCGGUGGUAGCAAAGCCAACAGUCUCAAACGCUCAAAGUCCUUCAGGCCUCCACAGAGUCCUCCAAAGAACUCCUCAUCCUCCUCCAAGGGGAACUGUAAGAUAUCAUAGUGAAGGAGCAGAGUUAUGGUUGCGUCCAUUGGGCCAGUAUUAAAGGUGUUGUUGCUCCAAGAGGUCACGAGGUCAGAGAAGAGCAUGGAGAGCUGGCAGCAGUGUUCUUCUGAGACGGAUAUAGCUGUGAACUUACCUUGACCUUUGGGAACUGACCUGGCCGGUUGGAUUGGUUUCUGUUCUCUUUGCACUUGCUGGUGCCAUCUUGUGGAUGUUUGUUUACCUGUACUUUUUACUACAGAGGCUCACUGUGAUCAAGUAGAACAAGGUUUCCCUGGGACCAACAGAUGUGAAUCAAGGAUUGUCACUCACCUGUCAACACUACAAAUGAGUGGAGGGACAAUAACUAGCUUUUAUUUGGAGGAUCGUUUGUGGUAUUUAAAGUUGGACUUGAAGUUGUAAAUAUCCUGUAUGUGCCGUUGUUUUGGUCUGUGUUUGGUGAUCGUCUUGAGGAGGAGCUUCUUGUUAUUAUCUUGGAUGUUUCGGGAGACCCGCUUUGAUGUUGUGUGUCUUGACACCUCUUGUCUAAAAUUCCCAUUGCAGCCUCCAGGGUGCUGAGCUACUUGUUUAGUAUUGAAAUUAAGUUUUAAAUAAGCCUGGCUUAAACUGAAUGUCAUGAGAGGAGCAGAUAUAGUUUCCCAGACAGAGCAGAACUGAAGAGAAAGUAAGGAGCAGUUCAGUUAAAAACAUUUUAAUCUUGGCACUAUUUAAUCUGUGGAAUUGUCCAGAAAAGUCAAGCCCAGUUUGCAAGACUUCCCGCAGUUCCCCUAAAUUUUAGCCCAAAUGAAUUCACCUGCCAUCUCCAUCGAUUCAGACGUCAGUUGACUUGCGCUGACCUUUUUAUGCCUCUAAAUCCAAUAUUACCACUUUAACCUGUUAAAAUCAUUAACAGUAUGAUAAUCUCUGAAAACUUCCUGGGGGCAACAGAACGAUUGCUCGGUGCUGGUGAGAAAACCUUUUACAAACUCCUGUACAGAUCGUUAACUCAUUCUUGGUGUUUUGCCUUUGGAAAAUUCUGUCUUAAUAUGAAUUCACAGGACAUCGGUGAGAGGAAUAUUUUAAAUGGGGUGCUUUUUUUGGAUAUUUUAUGUACAUGCUAUGUAUUUAUGAAUGUAAAACAAUACUCAUCUGCUACAUUUCUGUGGUAAAAUGUGAGAUUGUAAGAAUGGGAGGUGGAAAGCUAUCGGGUACAUUUACUUCUGCAGCGAUUUCACUUGGCAUUGCUGCUUAUUUGAGUAUUUGUAUUUUUGCUGCUUGAGUUGAUUCUUAUUCUCCAGCCUUUUUUAAAAAAUGUAUAUAUAAUUGGAGGGGUUACAGUAGGUGUUUACAUUGGAAGAAGUAUUUUGGAGACAAUGCAAGAACCAAGUGACGUCAAAAUGAAGACUUCACAAAGGAGUAUUUUAAUCAAAAUUAAUAUUUUCUUUUAAUAAUUGAAUAAUCUACACAAAUAUGUUUACUCUGGUAUAGAUUGUCAUUUUGGUGCCAGCUCUUAUGAACAUGUUCUGAAUUCCCACCUCUCCAGCGUCACAACUACAUGUAUGAGUAAUCCUAUAUUUCAUAAGAUCAUGUAGAGCAUAAAAUGAAUUGGUGCAUGUAUCAUGUGGUGUAUUGAGACCAGAACUCCUGAUUGAACAUUUAAAGCACUAUAUGUCACCGUUUGAUCGUUGUUUUCAGAGCUGUGUGUCUCCAGGUUUGGCAUAAAUUAUAAUUUUAUCUCCAUUCAGAACAGUCAUCCUUCAAAAUAAAGGACAAAACUACAAAAUUG